AUGUAUGGAAAUAAUAAUAAUCAAAAUCUUGUUAAUCUAAAUUCUCCUCUUUUUUUUGACGGACAAACAAGUUCAUUCCACGCUCCUCAAACCCAUGGAGACAAUGAUUUCGAUUAUCAAAACGUUCAACAAAACUUAUUUCAUAGUAACUCCAUCUUUCAAACUCCUGGAGACCAUAACAUCUUCGCUUAUCAAAACGGUGGCGACAACAAUCACUUUCAUUUUAACUUAGUUCAUGACAAUUUCGUUAAUGAAAAUUCUGGAGAUGAUAACUUCGUUAAUCAAAAUAAUUUCGUUGACCAAAACCCUCUUACCUCAACUGAUAUUGCCAGUAACAAUGAUUUCGUUAAAGAUAACACUUUUGAUGGCUCAACUAGCAUUAUUAACAAUAACAAUGGGCUUGCUGACCAGGACACUGCUAUUCCAACAGAAGGAGCCAAUGAGGUUGUGAGCGUAUUGGUACCAUGA